AUGGAACUGUUCUCAACCCACGCCGACGUCUCCAAGACCGAUUUUGUCGACCGCAAUGGCUCCGUCGUGUACCGCAUCCAUACAGACUCGCAUGCACAUCUCGUCAAAAACAAGACGACUAUCGCGCACUUCGAGUCUAAAGACGGAGCUGAUUCUCAACCUGAGACUAUUGCUGAGAUCGCAUGGCGCACAUUCAAGGACGACCUGGUCACCUUUCGCGGACACCAAUUCGAAGCAGAGAGCUUCAUGCCAAACCAUGGGAUCACAACAGCCAAACGCGAUUUCAAAGCUACGUCAGGGCGCGCUUAUUACUGGGUAGAGGCGAGUCUCCACGCGGCCAACGGCGUAGAAGUGGCCCGUUGGCACGAAAAGUCGCACAGCUUCACUGGACGCGCUCAUCAGGCAUACCUGUACAUCGCUGAUCUGGAGAUCCUGGACGAUCUGGACGAGAUCGUACUCGUUUUGGUUUACCACUUGAUGAGAUACAGUGCUCGUGGGGCCAGUAAUGUCAAUCCUGGUACUGCGGGCGAGCAAGCUACUGGCUAG